GAUUGAGAAGCGUGCACUUGAGAGCAAGAGUUCUCCUUAAAGUGGAUUGAUAACCGAGAUCACGGACUGCAUUUCUGUAAACCUUCCAACAUUUAACUUUACAGGCUAUUUUACAUGUUUCCUCAGAUGACAAGAAGGCAUUUUACAUGUUGUUAAUUCACGUAUUGUUGCUAGCAUUGAAGGAACGUUGAUUUAUAAAGAUGUGGUUCAUUAUAUCAGUGUGUGCAUUGAUCAAAGCUUUGCACGCGGAUUCUGAAACAGGAUCUGGCACACCGGACAUAGAGGGGUUUGAUUCUUAUCCGAAUAUCUUCACACAAAGAGUGGAUUUACUGGAGCAAAUUUCAAGCUUAGUACCAGCCAGCAGGAAUGUGACUCUUUAUGUGGAGAACCAGGGAUGUCCAGUGCUGGAUAUUGGCCUGUAUGCAACUCUCACAAUGCCAACUCAGGAAGCAUUUGGAUCAAGCUUUGCGGAUGAAUUCAGCGUGCUGAUUCAGCUACGCAGCUCUCAGAAUGUGGACCGAAGUUUGUUGACUUUGCUGAACUUCUACAAUCACAUUUUACUGCAGAUCCGUAUAGGCCUACACAGCAUCACCUUCAUCACCACGCAGCAGCGCGACUAUGAGUUUUCAGUGUCGGUGCUGUCUGACUCUCAGUGGCACUGGAUCUCUGUGGGUGUUUCGUUUGAAUGGUUGGCUGUGUAUGUGGACUGUGUGCUAGUGGAGAAAGUGAGCUGGUUGUAUCCUUACAUGGGCAUCACUACAGAUGGGCUGCUGAUGGUGGGGGGCAUCCUGGAGGGGUUUGAGACGCCCUUUGAGGGAGAACUGAGACAGAUGACUUUCAUAAUGGGAGAUUCAAAUGCUGCCAAGGAUCACUGUACUUUUUACCAGGAUAUGUGUGAACCUCUGAGAGAACACAGCUUUACCGAGACAGAGAAGAGCACUGAGAGCCCUUUAUUGUCCUCAGCUGACAUUACAGAUGACCAAACUUCCCCAUUAAGGCCCUUAAAAAACCCAGAUGACUCUGUGGGCAUGCGCUGGGUUCAAGGAUUCAGGCCUGAACUCAGAGAAUCACAUAAUCUGAACUCCAGUGCAUCUUCUAAGACUGAAGAUCUUCAAAGUGAACUAAACACAUCUCAUCCCUACAUAACUUCAAAACAUUCAUCUCAUGGCUUCGUAGUGGUGGAAGAGUCCGAUCUUCUCACAUCUCCACUCAUUAGCACACAUAGCAGGUAUAAGGACACCAGUGACAGAAAGACUCAAUCCACCACUUCUAAAUCCUCAGAGGAAAACUUCACUUCUCAGAAACUGAAAACAGGCUUGGAGGUUCAUCUUCCAAAGCCCUCCAGGGACAUCACUGACCCGAAGUCUAUCUGGAACUUAAAGCAGUCAAGUAGUCAGAAGAAUCUGGUCAAGUCUGGAGUCCAUUCAGAAGUUUCUGUUUUAAACCAGCUGACUGAAGAAGGUUUCUUACUUCCUUCUACCAGCUUCUCUGGGUCCUCCAGUAAAGUUAAACAGGCUGUGGUUGAUGAGUACGAAACAUCAGCAGGUGUCGGCCAAGAUGAGCACAAACAAUCAAGCAAGAAAAGAGUUGCACCUAAACAUGGUGAUGUUAUUUUAGGGAUGGAUGGAAGGAGAUACAGACUCCUUGGUGGACCCCCAGGGCCUGUCGGACCUCAAGGGAAAAGAGGGUGUGUCGGUAAAAGGGGAUAUAUUGGAGACAAAGGUGAUAAGGGUUCUCAAGGUGUCAGUGGAGCAUAUGGGCCAAGAGGCAUAACAGGUCCCCCAGGCCCACCAGGACUCCCAGCCCUCUAUCUCUAUAGGAACACACAGGAAGAUUGGGCUGAAUUCAGGAGAACACCUUACUACCAGUUGCUGAUGGCUGGAUGGCCUAGAGAGAUAGGCCUCCCUGGAUCAAUGGGUGAGAUAGGGAGACCUGGUUUACCUGGCUUACCUGGAGACCCAGGGGAGAGAGGACCAUCAGGGCACAGAGGCGAUAUGGGUGCCAUGGGACCCAAGGGAGUCCGGGGCCGUGCCGGGACUCAAGGGAAGGAUGGAGAGAACGGUUCGGAUGGGGUACCAGGACCUCCAGGGAUAGCUGGCCUUCAGGGUCCUCGUGGUUACAAAGGUGAGACAGCGCCCCCUGGGGAAAAAGGAGAUGAGGGUUUUCCUGGUCCAUAUGGCCCCAGUGGAGAAAAAGGAAAGACUGGCCAAAAAGGCUCAAAGGGAGAAAUGGGCUUUUCUGGUAUUGCAGGUCCUCCAGGACCUGUUGGUUUGCAAGGUGUUGAAGGGAUUCCAGGCCCACCUGGCCCUGAAGGGGAUUCAGGACAUGAUGGAAAACAUGGUCCUCCAGGGCCAGCAGGAGCACCAGGUGCUACAGGAUUGGUUGGUGAACAGGGUGUUAACGGCACAGAUGGCAAUGUUGGACCUGCUGGGGCUGUUGGCCGGAAAGGCCCUCAGGGACCCAGAGGGUUAGAAGGAGAUAGAGGCCCACCGGGUAGUCCAGGUAUUCAGGGGCUUCCAGGUCAGGAGGGUCCACAGGGUCUUAAAGGUGAAAUAGGACCAGAGGGGCCAGCAGGUAACAGAGGCCUACAAGGUAUCGAAGGGCCCAUGGGCAUAACUGGGAAUCCAGGUCCAAAAGGCUUUCCGGGUGUCACAGGCAAUAGGGGCCCACAUGGAGAGAGUGGUGAUACAGGAACUAAAGGACAUAAAGGACCACCUGGUGCACCAGGGAUCAUGGGUCCUCAGGGUGGGAGGGGCCAGUCAGGACUCCCCGGCUUACCUGGUGUCAAAGGUCAAUCAGGUGCUCCAGGUACCCAGGGUGAAGACGGUGAAGUGGGUCCUCAGGGAAUGAUGGGAAGAGAAGGUCAAAAGGGCAGUAGAAGUGAACCUGGUGAAAUUGGAAGAUCAGGACCCAGAGGAUCCAGAGGUCGAGCAGGUCAACAUGGUUCCCCUGGUAUGCAUGGAAUAGUGGGUUUGCGAGGCCCUGUUGGUACCGAGGGACCAGAAGGAAAGCCUGGUACACAGGGAGUUCCUGGUUCUGCCGGAGGUCCAGGAGAUAAAGGAUCUCGUGGCUUAAGAGGUGUGAUUGGGGAGCCAGGAAAACAAGGCCCUCCGGGAUCACCGGGCCCAAUUGGACGACCAGGCCAAGAUGGCACCCAAGGCCCUGCUGGAGAAAAGGGCUUUACUGGAAAACCAGGCAUGGCCGGUGCACAGGGCCCUGUAGGAAUGUAUGGUUAUCCCGGAUCCACAGGUCUUCGUGGAAGGCCAGGCCCCGCUGGAGAGAGGGGUGAACCUGGGAUCAGGGGACCUGUGGGUCCAUUGGGAGAGAGGGGGACACCUGGUUUACCUGGGCCGCCUGGUGAGAGAGGCCCACCUGGACCACCGGGUCGCCAAGGGGAGACAGGACAUACUGGCUUCCGAGGAGCACAUGGGCUGCCAGGACGUUCUGGGAUCGUGGGUAUGACAGGAAAGGAAGGCCCUCCUGGAAGCAAUGGGCCUCAGGGGCCACAAGGAAAACAGGGACCAAUUGGAUUGCCAGGCUCACCAGGGGCACCUGGAAUGGCAGGUCAAGCUGGAGAGAAAGGAGAGAAGGGAGUGCCGGGAUCUCCUGGUGACCCUGGUCCUAUUGGAUUGAAUGGACAACAGGGUCAUCAUGGUCCAGCUGGUCAUGAAGGUUCACCGGGGGCAAAAGGGGAAUAUGGAUCACUUGGACCUCACGGAAAGCCUGGCCCAAGCGGACCUCAAGGAGAACAAGGGCCCCAGGGCUCUCAGGGAAUGCAGGGUGAGCCAGGACCAAGUGGUAAAGAGGGAGGUAUCGGACCUCCUGGCAUUAUUGGGAACCCAGGCCCUAAAGGAAAAAAGGGUGACCCUGGACAUCAAGGAUUUUCUGGGCGUCAAGGGCCACCUGGAUUUUUGGGCGAUAAAGGAGAGAAAGGAAUGAAAGGAAAUAAAGGCUACAUUGGACUGCAUGGCCAGAAUGGAUUGAUGGGAACAUCCGGCCCAUCUGGGUUGAUGGGUCUGGAAGGUUUAAUGGGUCUUCGGGGACCACCAGGAGCCAAUGGCUCACCAGGCCCUAAGGGAGAAACUGGAUUGCCCGGGGUCACUGGCUUUCCAGGAGAUCAAGGCGAUCAGGGGAUGGCUGGACAGAGAGGCUUAAAAGGGGUUAUGGGCAAACCAGGACCUCAGGGAGCUGUGGGUCCCAGAGGCCCUGAAGGCUUAUUGGGCUUGAAGGGUAUGCCGGGACAAGAGGGACCUAAAGGUGAACCAGAAAGACAAGGACCUCCAGGCCGGAUGGGACCACCGGGUCUUCCUGGUCCUGAAGGUCCUUCUGCAAUGCCAGGAGGAGAGGGUCUUCCAGGAGAACUGGGGGCUUCGGGCCCUGUCGGCCUACCAGGACCACAGGGUCGAAAUGGCAGACCAGGACCUCGUGGAAGGGAUGGACAGAAGGCUCAGAAGGGAGAUGAUGGUCAAGAAGGACCUCCUGGAAAGACUGGACAUGCUGGAAAGAAAGGAAAAAAAGGAAAAGCUGGUCAAAGGGGUCUCAGAGGGUCCCGAGGGGAAAAGGGACAGCAGGGAGAUGUGGGAAUGAUUGGACCUCCUGGCACAUCAGGGCCAUAUGGUUUGCCAGGCAUUCAGGGCGAGAAAGGGGAGAUGGGAAAAAAAGGCUUUGAGGGAGAGAAGGGGGAAAUGGGGCCACACGGUCCUCUGGGAGGAGAUGGACUAAAGGGGUUGCAGGGCCUAAAUGGGGAGCAGGGGAGACAGGGGGCAAAGGGAGAGCAGGGAGAUAUUGGACCAAAGGGUCAUAGAGGGUCCCCAGGUCUUCCAGGGAUGCCUGGUCUGUUUGGAGUAAAGGGUUUAAACGGAUUUCCAGGACUUCCUGGUCGAAAGGGACAAAGAGGACUUCCUGGCCCACCGGGUCCUCCGGGGCCACCAGGAUCUCUGAACCUAACAUUAACUCAAUUAAAAGACCUCGCGUACCAGUCCGACAAGCCCAAUUAUCCACUUAUUAGGACCCUGCUUGAGUCCCUUCAGCAAGACCUGCGAUUCUUCAUAGAUCCUCCAGAUGGCACUAAAGAGCAUCCAGCCACCACCUGCUUGGAGCUGAUUCUUUCUCAUCCUAACUUUUCCAGUGGAAUGUAUUAUAUUGACCCAAAUCAAGGCAGUUCUGCUGAUGCAUUGCUGGUGUACUGCAACUUUAGCGUAGGUGGACAGACAUGCCUGCCACCUUUGCAACCACAUAUGCCUAUGAGUUCUUGGCUCAGGGACGCCAGCCCUGAUUCAUUUACAUGGUUGAGCUCCAAAGAUGGGGGAUUUCAGUUUGAUUACACAGGGUCUAGCGUAGUACAGAUGAGGUUCCUAAGACUUAACAGCAGGAUUGCAAAGCAGAACAUCACAUUUUCUUGCCAGCCAAACAGCCACCAGGGUUUCAGCGAGAGAGAGGUUAAGUUCCUUGCAGAUUCAAGAAAACAGAGCUUCUUGGGAACGUUACUAGAUUGUGAGCCCGCAGGUGGGCUAGAUACAGGACCUCGGGAGUCUGUGUUCCAAUUUGAGACUGAAGACCUGGAGCUUUUACCAAUCAGAGACGUGGCUUUAUUUGGCCACAAUGACAUGACAGAAGAGUUUCAAUUUACUAUAGGACACGUCUGCUUCAGCUAGAACACAGACACUCUCAACUGGACCCUCGGCAGAGUUCUUACUGAGUAGUUCUCUGCUGAGAAAAGCACAGCCCAGGACAGAUUGAGAAAAUAAGUUUCUUCUACAUGAUCAGGAACUCAUCUCUACUCUUCUCCAUCUGCUGUAGAAAUGUAGAUUCCACAUGAAGUCUUAUUUCACCUUCCACGGUUUGUGAAAUAAACCGAUUUGUUGUCCAGUGGCAACAAGUUAUUUGGUGCUUGACUUCUUAUGAGGAGUUGUAAAUGGUUUACAAUGCUUAUUUUAUGUUAAAAACGGAUUAUUUAUAUGAUGUCGUAGUAUUGUUAGUCUUGUUGUGUUAUAAAGUCAUUUACAUCCCACAAACCGUAAUUUCCUUAAAAACCUUUUAAUUCAGGUUUUAUUGCACCUUAUGACAAAAAGCACUGAUAUCUGCUGCCCAUGUCUCGUAACAUUUGAACAAUGUGCCACAUAUCUGCAUAUCAGGCACUGCUCAAUGGAUAAUAAUUGAAAAGUAAUAGCUAAAUGUGGACAGUUGUUGUGGAAACAUUUAUGAUGUGACCAAUGUAAUUUACUAAAUGUAAAUGAAAGAAUUAUAGCAACAGUUUUGAAGAAUGUUAGGUAAAUUGGGACUUUUUUAACCAAUUUUGUUUGUAAACUGGUUUGUGUGAUGUGUUUUCUGCUUUACAUUGCUGAUUAUGCAAGUGACCAUAGUAAUGUGGUUGCCUUAGUAAAAAAUGUCCUGAAAGAACAUCAAAAGAAGUUGAUUUGUUUUCUAUAGGGUGCCUGUAGGUUCAGGAUGUCGGCAGGAUGGAUUAAAACAAAUGUGGGGAAAGGAUUUGUGUAGGAUUUUACAGCAGUGAGAUACUUCAUUUCUGCCAGACUUGGAGUAUUUGCGGCUUUGAGAUUUGCACACACUGAACUGACUUGCAUUCAUGCAGUGCUGUAAGAUACCAAGUCACAUAAAUUUAGCAUGUGAGCUUCUCACAUACUGUUAACCUUCGGUUUCUCAAUAUCAUUCACACAGAGCCUGCAUAAUGGAUUUCAUUCUAGACUUAGAAUCGGCAAACCAACUUCCUGGGUGCAGUUGAAUGAUUUUUGACUUCAGUGGGUUACAUGCUGAUGUGAAAGCGAAGCAGAUGGUUUCGACACAAAAACACUUAUAGUAACAUUCAAGGACAGUGUAUAUGAAAUUGAUCUGGAUUGUUCUGAUUUAUCUGUAAAUGUGUCCAGAACAUGCCAUUAAUGUGGAAUAGUGUUAACUUUCUUAUGAAUAAAACCUGUAAAAAUGACAAACAUAUUUUUUUCAAACUACUUUUUAUAGACCUCUUUGAAUGAUGUAAAAAUUCAACACUGGUGCAGAAGAACUUCCUGUUUCGGUUUAAAAACGUUCCAACAAAACACAAACAAGAGAAUAUAACAGCUAAAAUGUUCAUCAAAUAUCUAACAGAUUCAUUUAU